UGUAACAAGGGCGAGGGACCGGCGAGCGGCCACACGGACGGGAUCCUCUUGUCGCGGGCGACGCGCGUACCGCCCGCGGUACCGCCCGACCAUAAUAGCCGCGUCUCGCACCGGGAACCCACCGAGAAAAUGUGGCGCGCGCGUAACGUCAUCGCCGUCGUCCCCGGGACCAGUGAUUCGUGCCGUUUCUAGCACACCGCCAAUCUUAUCUGCUCCCGUUCUCCCGCCGUCUGAGCGACAACGUCCCGAGCUCGCGCUCCUCGCGCAGGUAAAGGACCUGGGGGAGAUACAAGUUUUUUCUUUCCUACACGAUUCGCCCGAUAAGAAGCACGGCGAUCCGCGAGGUAUAUUGAUAUACUUUUCUCAAGUACGUCAUAAUGGAGUCAGGAAUGAUUCAAGAAAAGUCGCCACCUGCACGUGGCUUAAAGCAAGUAAAAGUGGAUAAUUGGGGAUCAUUCUUCCUUCAAAGACUUCAGACUCUUUACUUGGAGGAACAGUUUCUUGAUCUUAAAAUUAAAUUUCCUACAAGUGAUAUUACUGUACAGGCUCAUCGACUUGUGGUGACAACAUGUACAGAUUAUUUUAUGCAACUUGAAGAACAGCAAAGAGAGAAAGAUGAAAAUUUUAAUGGUGUAAUUAUUAUGCCUUCAGAUAUGCCUUACGAGUGUGUUAAGUCUAUUAUAAGCUUUAUGUACACUGGACAAUUGGAAUAUUGGACGUCGGAGCAACAUGCUUUGUAUCGUACGGCGCAAAAGAUGAAUAUGACAGUCCUAACAAAAUUGCUCGACGCUCAAUUUAAUACGAGCAAAAUGCAAGAUGAUGCAGUAAAAACACCGACGCGUCCAGUGAUAGCCGUCUCGAAACCUUCAACUCCAACCACAAAAGCGAUUGUCAGCUCCACCAGUUCGGUAACGACUGGGCAGCCGUUACCAGGUAGAAAACUUCCCAUAUGGAAGAGGAAACUGGACGAAUCUCCACCCACACCAGCGAUGAAUUACGAAGUACGAACAUUCCACAGUACAUCUUCAGCGCCGAAACACGAGACGACUCCCGGUCCAUCCAGAUUUGAUCUUCCGGAAGCGGACGAUAUUGCUUUGGGAGUAUUUUCUUCAUUCGACGACAUUACAUAUAAUACAAAGCCUAUCGUUCAAGCAUCCGACACAUAUAAAAAGGGAAACUCUCGUAAACGUUCACCUGAUAGAGACAGUAAAAACGAUACGACUGAAGAUGAGGACGAUGAAAAUCAGGAUAGUGAGAAGAACUUGAGAGACACAAAUUCGGACGAUGAUUGGAGUAUAUCGAAAAGUUACCAAAAAUCUCAAGAUGGUCCAUCUAAACGAGUACGUUUUGAUCUAGAGGAGAAGGAGAAUGUGGAAAAAUCUAAGACGAAUGAUCAUUCGAGUACCGAUGAUUCUAUCGACAAUCACGCAAAGAUCAUCAGAGAAGUAUUAAAAAAGUAUCCCCAUUUAGUAAAGAACAAUAAAAACAUUCGCUUGAAGAUCAUGCAGAAAGAAGCAAAAUCCUCCGACAGUACCAGCAAAACUAAAGUAUCUUACGUGGUUUUAAAAUCCGACAAUUUGUUGGCCAGCAAUAACGACGAAGAUUCCAAGUGUAACGGCAGUAUCGACGGCGAGACAGGGCCCUGGAAAUGCAACAAGUGUGAUUUGGACGAAGAAUAUACAAAUUAUUACAUGUACAGAAGGCACAUGCAGGAUGUGCAUGAGGAGAAGUUCGAUCCGAGAGUUUGCGAGCAUUGCGGCUACAAGGCGACUAAACGCAACAUUCUGAUGUACCAUCUUUAUACCAAGCACAAUGUGCCGCCGCCGAAAAGCAUGUGUUUCCCGAAAUGUCAGGCCUGUUCAUACGUUGCCUUGUCGGAGACUCUGCUGGUGCGUCAUCAGAUAAAUCAUAAUCAUCGGCCUGCUACUAGACAUCACGCUCUACCUGCAGAAGAUAUUCAAUGCGGCCAAUGCAAUCAGUCGUUCAAGAGUGUUACCGAACUCACCACUCAUGAAUUGAAUAGCGGACAUGGAGGUAUGGCGGACGGCAAAGAGUCGAAGGGUCACCGUUGUCCGUAUUGCGGCAAAGUAUUUGUGCGCGUAACAAACUUGCAAGUACAUCUGGAUUGCGCGCAUAAAGAUUUACAAAGAGACAUCACCGAGUCUUCUCCAACCGCACCGAGUAUUCCGUUAGAACCAUCAUCUGAGGCAGAAGCUCUUAGCCACGUCGCCAGCGGUAUAGCCGCUUCCCUCGGUGUCGGAGAUACAGAAACCGUUACGGAAACACAAGAGGAAGAAACCGUAGAGAUAACAAAAAAUACAACCGAAGAUCAAUAUAUUGUACCAGACAUGUUGGAUGAUAUGGCACAUAACAUCAAUUACAAUGAGCAUGAUUUGGAGAGUCAACACAUGAUCAUGUUGGUUAACAAUGAUGAGAAUUAUCAGCAUGCUGAGAGCAAUCAUCAUCAACAGCCGCAACAGUUGGAUAUCGCUGAUAAUGAACAAAUAGUAAUGCAAGGCACAGAUGACGGUAUGAUCGUGUACAUUCACGGUGCUGAAGAGGCUGAUCACCGAUCCUACGAAAGUUAUCAGUCCGACGAAGUUGCCCAGGAAACGGAAGAAAUAGUGGAGGAGGUCGUCGAGGAGGUCGAGGAGGAAGUUAUGGAGGAGGAGGAAGAGGAGGUGGUGCAGGAAAUGCCUCAAGAAAUGUUGGAGGAUUGCGCUGAUAAUCAGGUGGAAGAGGUGAUACAAUAUGUCGAAGAGCAAACAGAGAUAGUCGAGUAUGACGAAGAGCAAUGCAGCGAACAGAGCAAUAGUAUGGACGGGCAACAGGAAUCCGUCAUGAUCAUCGAGGAAGAGCAUGUUGAGGGCGAGGAAGACCUGGAAGAGUCUACAGAUAAACGACAUAAGAAAAUGCAAAGUUUCAGCACCGAAUGGGACGAAGAUAGCGCUGAAAUAACGGAAUCAUGAAUACUGUAAUAUUGGAUUUUUUUUUAUUUGCUUGUAAUAUGUCAUUAACUUUCACCAUGGCUACAGUUCAAUUUUAAUCAGAGAAAUAUUUGAAAUGUAUUUUAUUUUAUAUCUUAUUUUAUCUAUGAAUUGUUUGUUGAUAGCGGAUGGUGACGUAAUGAGGGCAGUGCAGAAAUACAGACGAUACAUUUUCCGCGCGAUAUAUUUAGCAGUAAGAGCUCGCAAAAUUAAUCAAAUUAUAUUUAGUGACAGGAAGAAGAGGUACUAUUGAAGAUAUUGUAUGAGCUAUAUGUGAAUUCUAUUGUUGCACCAACACACCGAUUGUUUUAUUGAAGCAAGUUUUUAGCAUGAGCUAAAAUUUGUAUUUUACAAAGGCGACAGUGGAUUGAGAUUAUUCACGGUGACGCUUUCGAGAACCUGAGAUAAGAUCUGUAAUCUUUAAACUUGUAAGUUUUUCUUUUUUUUUUCAGGUAAUACAGAUAUGUUCAUAUAUGCUUAUCAUAUGUAGCUUAUUAAUAAAAUCUAAAUUAAGAUUUUUAGAUUUAUUUCACGAGAAAAUAUAUAUUAGGUAUGCCAAAGUGUAUUGGUGACCAAUUACGUAGUUUUUUUUUAGUACUAUUCCACCGAAUGGAGAUUUAUCACGUUCAAAAGAAUUCUCGUGAACGAUUGUUCCUCCCAGAUAUCGCCUGUAAUAUUUUAUACUGCAAUCGAUAGUAAACCAUAAUUUCUACCGAAAACAAAGGCUAUAAUAAAACUUAAAUUGUAAACGCAUUAAGUUUUACAUUUUCAACUGUGCACAAUUAUAUGGAAAAGUACAGAUAAAUAAAUACAAUAUAUAUUAUACUCUUA